AUGUCUUUAAAAAGGGAUGCCUCUGGAUCCGUGAGUUUAAUUGGCCACGCCAGAGUAAAGACGAUUAAAAAAGAACCGGCUAACAACAAAUCAACGCCCAAUAGCAUUGAGCCGACAAUUUCACCGGUGGAAUACACCGUAGAAAAGAUCAUUGGAAAGCGCUUUUGGAAUGGGCGCCCACAGCUACUGAUCAAGUGGUUUGGUUAUCCUGAGGAGGAGAGCACUUGGGAGCCCCAAGAAAAUAUGGGCAAUUGCAUUGAACUUCUCACGGAUUUUGAGGCGGAAUUGCAUAAAAAACAAAUGAAGCAGGAGGCAAUAAUCAAAACCGAGCGCCUUGAAGCUUCAUCGGCAUCGCACAAAGAAACCCAUUAA